GAGGUGUCCUGGGCACAGACCCCGCCCAUGAGCCUGAGAAGUGCUCCUGCCGCGGGAAGAGGCUCAGCACAGAAGGAGGAAGGACAGCACAGCUGACAGCCGUGCCCAGAAAGUUUCUGGAUCCCAGGCUCAUCUCCACACAGGAGAACACGCAGGCAGCACAGGCCAUGGGGCCCCUCUCAUCCCCUCCCUACACACUGCACAUCACUUGGAAGGAGCUUCUACUCACAGUAUCACUUUUAAUCAUCUGGAACCCACCCACCACUGCUCAAGUCACAAUUGAAGCCCAGCCAACCAAAGUUUCCGAGGGGAAGGAUGUUCUUCUACUUGUCCACAAUUUGCCCCAGAAUCCUACUGGCUACAGCUGGUACAAAGGGCAAAUAACAGACAUCCACCAUUACAUUACAUCAUAUGUAAUAGACACUGAAAUGAUUGUAUUUGGGCCUGCAUACAGUGGACGAGAAACAGUAUAUUCCAAUGCAUCCCUGCUGAUCCAGAAUGUCACCCAGAAUGACACAGGAUCCUACACCAUAGAAAUCAUACAGCGAGGUGAUACCACUAAAGGAGUAACUGGACAUUUCACCUUAUACCCGGAGCUGCCCAAACCCUACAUCACCAGCAACAACUUCAACCCCAUGGAGAAUGAGAAUGUUGUAGCCUUAACCUGUGAACCUAAGACUCAGGGUUACACCUACUUGUGGAGGGUAAAUGGUCAGAGCCUCCCGGUCAGUUCCAGGCUAAAGCAACCUGGUAAAAACAGGAUCCUCAUUGUACCCAAUGUCACAAGGAAUGACACAGGACCCUAUGAAUGUGAAAUAUGGGACCGAGUUGGUAGCAUCCCCAAUGACGCAAUCACCCUGGAUGUCCUUUGUCUCUUUGGUUCCUCUGUGGGCCAGGCCACCAGCUAA